AUGCAGGGGCGGUAUGCCCUGCAAGUCUUCCCCGAGGCCGGCCACUUUAUCCACGAGGACCUGCCCGAGAAGACGGCCGUGGCGCUCGUCGACUUCUUCCGCCGGAACGACCGCGGGGCGCUGGUGCUGCCGCCUAAAGUGGGCGAUUUGCUGCGGCAGGGGAAGCGCGUCUGA